AUGCCCAAACGCAUAAAUCUGAGGAAAUUAAGCACGUCAAAAAACAACACUGGAAUUAAUACAAAAAUCAUCAAGGAUAAAUUAGUUGCAUUCACAAAUAAAUUUGGACAAGCUGUAAAAGCCAUGAUGCCAAAGAAACUUUUGUUUAAGCCUCUGAAGCAUUUGUUUGGACAUAUAAGCGUGGCUCACAUCCUGCUGGAGAAUGGCGCCGAUCUCAACGCACAGAACAAGCUGGGAGCCAGCGUGCUCACGAUGGCCUCUAGGGGUGGCCACGUCAGCAUGGUGAAGCUGCUGCUGGAGUCUGGGGCCUUUGUAGACAACUAUGACCAUUUUAGGAUGGGCUUACUGAACAGCAGCAGAGAAGACCUGCCGGAUAUCACCCCGCUAAUGGCAGCAGCCCAGCAUGGACAUGAGGCAGUGGUCCAUCUGUUGCUAGAUUGGGGAGCUAACUGUAAUUACACUGUGAAGACGAUGGGCUGGAGUCCUUUAAUGCUGGCAGCUGUUAGUGGAAAGGUGAGCCUGGCCCAGCAGCUCAUGGACAAAGGGGCCAAUGCUGAUCACCUGAAUGUACUACAUAAAACGCCUUUUGAGAUCUCUGUUGGUUUCAAACACAAAGACAUGAAGGACUAUCUGGAAUCUCUAACGACGAUCAGGCCCCAGGCAGAUAAAGAAAAGAGGCAACCUGAUGUCUUUCAUGCUUUGAAAUUGGGAAACUUUCAGCUGCUUAAAGAGAUUCUUGAAGAAGACCCAGGUCAGGUCAAUAUUACUAAUGGUGAUGGUGCAUCACCGCUAAUGAUUGCAGCUGUAACUGGACAGCUGCCCCUUGUCCAGCUCCUUGUUGAGAAAAAUGCAGAUAUUGACAAACAGGAUAAUGUUCAUGGCUGGACAGCACUAAUGCAGGCAACGUACCAUGGAAACACAGAAGUUGUAAAAUAUUUGUUAAAUCAAGGAGCUGGUGUCAAUCUCCGAACAAAAAAUGGAUACACGGCUUUUGACCUGAUAAUGCUGCUGAAUGAUCCAGACACAGAACUUGUACGAUUACUAGCAUCAGCAUGCAUGCAAGUAAGCAAAGACAAGAGUAAGCCGAAUUGCAGAUCAUCUUUGCCUUAUUCCAGAAGCAGGCAUUGCUUAAAUGUUCCUAUGUUGCCUGAUGACAAAGGAGGAUUAAAGUCUUGGUGGAGCAGGAUGUCCAAUCGCUUCCGCAAGCUGAAGUUGACUCAGACGUUGCGUCAUGGAUUUUCUUCCAAUCAGUUUGUGUCUUUUGCUGAUGAGCCUGAAUCUUCAUUAAAUGACACCAUUAAAGCAGUUUCACAGAGUGACAUGGACACCGCUGGAAACCCUGAUGCUGCUAUAGCUCGGAUCACAAAUAACAAACCUGGUGGUGUAAGCACUGUAAAAGAAGGAAAGGAUGAUGUAUUAUUGACAACCAUGUUAAGAAGUAGUGCUCCAUUUACUAGGCUGCCCAGUGAUAAGCUGAAAGCAGUCAUUCCACCUUUCUUACCACCUUCAAGUUUUGAGCUUUGGAGCUCUGACAGAACACGAAUCAACAGAGAUGGUAAAGCUGAACAGAUGAGAACUGCCUGGCCGCAGAGAGCAAUCAAGCAUGAUUUUGGCAGCAGUGGAAAUUCUGAUAUAGCAUCUGUUAGCAAAGGUACUAGACCAGUCAAAUUGCCAACGUUUGCAAGAAGACCUGCGUCUCCUUCAAAUUCUAGCAACUUCAAUCAUUCUCCUCAUUCUUCUGGUGGAUCCAAUAACAUUGCAGGAAUUAACAGACAUGGAGGAGAACUGCAUAACAGAUCAGGUGGUAGUGCAGAUAAUGUUUUGUCUCAAAUCGCAGCCCAAAGAAGAAAAGCAGCAGGCUUAUCUGAACAGAAACCCAGCCAACAUCAUAAUCCGGUCCAGUUGACCCCUUCAUCUACCCUGUCUGAUUUGCAGUGUACUCAGGUUGUUGGCAAUGGGCAUGUUUUAAAGCAAAAGCUGGAAGUGACUAAAAGACCUCCAUCUGGUGGGACUUCAUCUACAUCUAAAAGUACAUCACCAACUCUCACACCUUCCCCGUCCCCCUCCACAUCUCCUAAGGUUCCCAGUGGAGAGUCCUCCCUCUCUCCUACUCACAGACCGGCCAAGAGCAACGGUUCUAGCAGCGGUACUAUCACUGAAGAUGGUAACCAGUUGAUGGAACAUCAGCAGUUUAUCCCUACUCUGAGAAGCAGUGAUGUGGAGAAUCAUGAAAGGAGAAACCAUGUGACAGUAAGAGAAGGCUGUGAAAAUUUGGAGAAAGAUGAGCUGACUGGCAUUCUUAAAAAAUUGUCUCUUGAAAAAUAUCAGCCUAUUUUUGAAGAACAAGAGGUGGAUAUGGAAGCCUUUCUUACACUUACUGAUGGUGAUCUGAAAGAGCUGGGUAUUAAAACUGAUGGGUCAAGGCAGCAAAUUCUGGCAGCUAUUUCUGAACUGAAUGCAGGAAAGGGACGAGAAAGACAGAUUUUACAAGAAACUAUACACAACUUUCACUCUUCCUUUGAGAGCAGUGUUAGUAACACACGACCUCCUGGCAAUUCCCAGUCACCUGGCUGCUCUAUAAAACCACAGGAAGCCGUUCCUUCUAAAAGAUAG